AUGAAGUUCAUCAUUGGUGAUGUCCCCGACCAUGCAAAUCCCAGGCGCAUUCGUCAUGCGGAACAUUUCAGAGAGGUGAAGAAUGGAGAUGUCGUGGAUGCGUUCGACCACAUCAUUGUGUGGGACGAUGAUUGUGUGACGGCGGAUCUGGUUCAGAGGUGGCGCAUGAUGGACGACCCGUUGUGCGACAAGGCGCUACAGACCGUCUUUCAGGCCUCUGGAUCAAGCAAGACGCCGACGGUCCCGUACAUGCUUUCCUUCGCGAAGUGUCACAGCAUCCACCGGCGGGCAUCCAACUCACCGGCAGUGAAGCAGAUCUCGCUCGAGAGCUUUUCCUUGACAACAGCAUAG